AUGACGUGCUCCUCAGCAGCUGCAGCAUCCUUCACUCCUUCCCGCACUGUUGGGUUGCUGCUGCUGCUGCUGCUGCAGCAGCAGCUGCAUCUCCGCAGCUACGGUGUACAGGCAGCUGUUGCUCCUGAGGGUUCUUUAGCAAGCCCUAGCGCGCAGGAGCAGCACCAGCCCCAGCAGCAGCAACAGCAGCAGCAGCAGCAGCAGCAGCAGGAUGAAGCUCCAAUAAUAUCAGAUGAGUUGCUGCUAGAUCUGCUGCACAGAGCAGAAGAUAUUCAUAGGGGCCCCCUUGAGGGGCCCCCAGGAGGCUGGGAGGUGAUAUCAAAGAGUGCAGAGUGUAUAGUUUAUAGACGAAGACGCAGAGGCAUGUCUGACUACGAGUAUGCAGUUCGCGGACAUUUUGCUGAUGUGUCUGCUGCUGCAUAUUUAUCUGCUCUUAUCUCUCUUCCUCUUCGGCGCUCUUGGGAUACAACUGCUAAAGAAAUUGAGUUGCUGCAGGUCAAACAAACGCCUCCUGCUGCUGCUGCUGCUGCUGCUGCUGGUGAUGGAAGCACCAGCAGCAGCAGCAGCAGCAGCAGCAGCGGUACGGGGGCCCCCUUAGUUGAGGGGGCCCCCUCAGGGUUAUCGCCUGUUGGGGGCCCCGAGUAUGAAGAAUUAAUAUACUGGAGGGUAGGGCUUCCUUGGCCUGCAAAAGACAGAGACUUUGUCUUUGCUAGACGUUUAAGAGGCUACAGAACAGCAGCUAUUAGCAGCAGCAGCAGCAGCAGCAGCAGCAGCAGCAACCGAGUGCAUGCAUUGGUGUGCGGCCAGCUACAGGCUGAGACUGCAGCAGCACCUCCUCUGAGAGAUGCAGUCCGAGUUAAAGUAUUUGAAGCUGCUGUUGUAGCCUUUCCUGACAAUCAACAGAGCAAAGGGGGGCCCCCAGGGGGCCCCCAACCAAACCCUUACGGGGCCCCUGGUGAACCCCUAGGUGGCGACCCGGAAGCAAACGGUGUUACUUAUGUUGCGCUGCACUAUGAUAGAUCCAGGGUUGUCUCGGGUGACGCAUCGACGCUCGCAGUAGCAGCAGCAGCAACUGCAGCAAUUGCAGCAGCAGCAGCAGCAGCAGCAACUGCAGCAGCAGCAAUAGCAGCAAGAGUCUCACCAGUGCCGUCGUGGCUGCGUUCAUACAUAGCAGCACAAACUCUGCCUUCAACAAUGACGAAGCUGCGUAAAUAUGCAUUAAAGCUGCUGUCUUCAUCAGGAGAAGUGCUGCAGCCUGAAGCACUUAGGGGCCCCCAGGGGGCCCCCCUAACAGCAGCAGAUUUGCUGCUACUCAAACAACAAUUUGCUAUUCACAGCCCUCAAUGGAGACAUACUUCAAACCAAACUCCUAAUAAUAAACAGGGGCUCCCAAGAGAUGCCGAUACACCCCAGAUGCUUAGAGAAGCUUCAGUACAAAGACAUCAGCAGCAGCAGCAGCAGCAGCAGCAACAGCAGCAGCAGCAGCAGCAACAGAGACACAAACGCCAACAAACAGAGGCUUCCCAACACGCACUCUGCGUUGACGCAAGACCGAGCUCUUCUUCUUCUGCAGCAGCAGCAGCAGCAACAGCAGCAGCAGCGAGUGGCCCGAGUUGUUCUGUGGGGCCUCCGUCGAGCCGCCGCGGAGUGCCGCAGCAGCAGCAGCAGCAGCAACAGCAGCAACAGCAGUAG